GUUGACUAUGAUAACUCCCUCUGAGACUUUGCUUAAGUAUGACAACCCGGUGUUAGUGACCAAACAAACCGAGAAGAACGCACCAAAGGAUCGGCCCCCGAAGGCGGGAACCCAACAGAGUGCAGUUUUUGCUCCAGUUUCACCUCCCCCAAAACUGAAAAACCUAUCGAGUGAUGCCAUUAAACAGCAGACAGAAGAGAUUCUUGAUGCCAUCAUACCGCCGAGGGUAUGGACGGAGAAUAAUAAACUGUGGGUACAGCGUGUGUCCAGCAUGCCAAGCACCCGAGCCGACGUCAUUCACCUGCAGGAAGAACUGGAUCUCAAACUGAGGCAGAGACAUGCCAGAGACACGGGCAUCUGCCCUGCCCGCAGAGAGCUCUACACACAGUGCUUCGACGAGCUGAUUAGACAAAUUACCAUCAACUGUGCUGAGAGAGGAGUGCUGCUUUUACGGGUAAGAGAAGAAAUGCAGAUGACCCUCACUGCCUACAAGACCCUGUAUCAGAGUAGUGUGGCCUUCGGCAUGAAGAAAGCUCUGCAGGCUGAGAGAGACAAGGCAGACAUGGAGAAAACGUUUGCAGACUUGGAGAAUGAAAACAGGAAACUGCAAAGACAGGUUGAUGAGCUGAACUCGCAAUUUGAAGCCUUUGAAAUAAGACAGAAUGAAAGGCGGCAGGUGGACGAGCAAAAUUAUACUGAGCAAAUGCAUUUUCUCAGGCAAAUCAACCAGCAACUGAAAGCCCAGCUGGAUUCAGUUAUUACCUCGAUGAGAUAAAGGUGACGAUGGAGAUACAGUAGAUACUCAGGUCAUGCCAGAGGACGCAAGGAAAUAUAGACAAGCUCCAGAACAGUGUUGCCUCUCUGAAAAGCUCGAGCAUGAAAAAGAAGAAGACGCAAAGGCUGGGAAUCAACACUGUUGUCUGGGGAGGUACUGGAGAACCUAACAGAUCCUCUGCACAGAAAAACAAUUGCUUCAGGAUGACUUCGAGAUGAGAG